GGCAGGACGGGGAAGCACAGGGCAGGGCUGCACCGCCCGCCCCUCGCUCCGCCCGGCGGGGCGGUGCCGCAGCCGAGCUCCGGUCCGGGCAGAGCCGCGGGCUCUGCUGCCGGCAGCAUGGGCCGGGACGGGCCGUGGCUGAACGCGUCCGGCAGCGGCUGUGCGGCGGGCGGGCCGUUCCCCGCCGGCACCGCCGCGCUGCUGGCCGCGCUUAUGGGGCUGCUGGUGCUGGCCACCGUGCUGGGCAAUGCCCUGGUCAUUCUGGCGUUCGUGGUGGACCGGAGCCUCCGCACGCAGGGGAACUUCUUCUUCCUGAACCUGGCCAUCGCCGACCUGCUGGUGGGCGGCUUCUGCAUCCCCCUCUACAUCCCCUACGUGCUGACGGGCGAGUGGAGGCUCGGCAGGGGCUUGUGUAAGCUGUGGCUGGUGGUGGACUACCUGGUGUGCACCGCCUCCGUCUUCAACAUCGUCCUGAUCAGCUUCGACAGGUUCAUCUGUGUCACCAGAGCGGUCAGCUACAGGGCUCAGCAAGGGAUGACCAGAAAUGCAGUGCUGAAGAUGAUGACUGUAUGGAUUGCUGCUUUUCUCCUCUACGGGCCAGCCAUUCUCAGCUGGGAGCACAUUGCCCAAAAGAGCAUCCUCCCUGAAGGAGAAUGUCAUGCAGAAUUCUUCUACAACUGGUAUUUCCUAAUGAUUGCCUCUACUGUUGAAUUCUUUACACCUUUCAUCACUGUUAUGUACUUUAACUUAAGUAUUUACCUUAACAUCAGGAAACGCACAUUGCUCCGAAAUGAAAACCUCUCACUGGGUCAAGAGGACUGUGAAAUGAAUUUCCAGGGGGAAAAAAGGGAACAUGCUGUGUUUUUUGUAAAGCCAGCUAACAGGGACAAACAUGAGAAGACAGCAAGCAGCCUUCUUCCCCCAAGGAAGGCUCCAAGGCUUCAGGCCCCGGCUGAGCUCGGCAAUCAGCCAUCAAAUCCGAGUGCCAGUCUUGACCUUCCACCCCUGCAGGUGGAUGUGAAGACCAGGCCUCCCAGGGAUGGCUUCUGCAAAGCAACAGAAAGCCUUUGCCAGCCCAGCAGCAAAGUGGAUGUUGCUAACAUUAUGGCAAACAGAUUUAGGCUUUCCCGGGAUAAGAGAGUAGCCAAGUCUUUAGCAGUUAUUGUCUGUGUGUUUGGCUUGUGCUGGGCUCCAUACACACUGCUGAUGAUCAUCAGGGCAGCCUGCCACGGGCACUGUGUGCACCACUCCCUCUAUGAGAUCUCAUUCUGGCUCCUGUGGGUGAACUCAGCCAUUAACCCUGUUCUCUACCCACUGUGUCACAUGAGCUUUAGGAAAGCCUUCAUAAAACUCCUGUGUCCACAAAAGGCUAAAAUUCAUCCUGACAUUUUGAUGUGAAAAGUAGGAAGGCUGAAAAUUAGUACAUAUUGUAUUUGGUGGGAACACCAAAAAGCAAGUAUUGCAAUACCUGCAAAUUUUUAUGGAAUAUUGGUAAGUAGGCACAAGUGUAGAUAUUUAUGAAUAUGUAGAAAUAGUCA